UGCAAACAGAGGCACGUUGCUCCCGGGCGGCGCGGCUCGGCUCGGCGCGGCGCGGUGCAGCUCCCAGAGAACCCAGUGGAGAGAUUCUUUCAUGCCACAUGUUUCCUGCGAUCCCUGACACCGCAGCUGUCUUUGGUGUCAUCUGAGACCUUGAGCAUCAGGCUUAAUCAUGGGAGAUUCUCCAGCUGAUGUGAUGGAUGGAUGUGCAGAUACAUGCUGCAGAGACACUCAGACAGAACUGGCGGAGCGAGUAGCAGCUAUAGAUGUGGCUGUUGGCCCUGAUAUAAGUGACCAAAAUUCUGAAGAAGCAGAAGAGGAGAAUGACGCAGUCUUUUCAGAUAAUGUAAAAAACAUCCAGAGGAAUGGGAUCAGCAGUGAUACAGGAACAAAUGAUUCUUUACCUUCCCAGGAAGAUGAUGAUGCCAACCAAAUGAAUGUUCCAAAGAGAGGUCCCACGAGACCUGUCCUCUCCAGUAGGAAGUUCUCUCUUCAAGAAAGAGCUACAGGAAGCUUCCUGGGCUCUACCAGUGCCCCAGGAUAUGGUCCUUAUGCAACAGGACCUUCACCACGGAUAGUGAGGAGACCAACAAUAGAGUCUAAUCGGGUCUCCAUAUCUGAUGCAGAGGACUGUGUGCAGUUAAACCAGUACAAGCUACAAACUGAAAUUGGCAAGGGUUCCUAUGGUGUUGUGAAGCUGGCCUACAAUGAGAGCGAUGACAAGUAUUACGCUAUGAAAGUCCUCUCCAAAAAGAAGCUAUUGAAGCAGUAUGGAUUUCCACGCCGGCCUCCUCCUAGAGGAUCAAAAGCAGCUUCUGGUGAGCAGACCAAACCCAUGGCACCGCUGGAUAGAGUUUACCAAGAAAUAGCCAUAUUAAAGAAACUGGAUCAUGUCAACAUUGUCAGACUGAUAGAGGUACUGGAUGAUCCUGCAGAGGACAAUCUGUACAUGGUGUUUGAUCUCCUGCGCAAGGGACCUGUCAUGGAGGUACCAAGUGACCAUCCCUUCACCGAAGAGCAGGCUCGACUCUACUUUAGAGACAUUGUUUUGGGCAUAGAGUACUUGCACUAUCAGAAGAUCAUUCAUCGUGACAUCAAGCCAUCCAACUUGCUCCUGGGAGAUGAUGGGCAUGUCAAAAUAGCGGAUUUUGGAGUCAGCAAUCAGUUUGAAGGGAGUGACGCCCAACUUUCCAGUACUGCUGGGACACCAGCCUUCAUGGCUCCUGAGGCGAUUUCAGAUUCUGGCAAAAGCUUCAGUGGAAAGGCAAUCGAUAUAUGGGCCAUGGGAAUUACCCUGUACUGCUUUGUGUAUGGGAAGUGCCCUUUUAUAGAUGAGUACAUUCUGGCUCUUCAUAACAAGAUCAAGAACAAGCCAGUGGAGUUCCCAGAAGAGCCACAAACAUGUGAAGAGCUCAAGGACUUGAUUCUCAAGAUGCUGGAUAAAAAUCCAGAAAAAAGGAUAAUGAUCCCUGAAAUCAAGUUGCAUCCCUGGAUAACGAAACUAGGGGAAGACCCACUGCCUCUGGAAGAAGAGCACUGCACUGUGGUGGAGGUGACUGAGGAGGAGGUGAAGAACUCUGUCAAGACAAUCCCAAGCUUACCCACUGUGAUUUUAGUGAAGGCCAUGUUAAGGAAACGCUCGUUUGGAAACCCAUUUGAGCUUCAGAGCAGAAGGGAGGAGAGGUCCAUGUCUGCUCCAGGAAACCUAUUAAUAAAGCAGGGGAGCAAAGAAGCAGUGAAGGACCCUGAAUUACCAGAUGUCUGUGAAGAUGAAGCCACUUCCUGAAGCCAUGUGCAUGUCCUGGGCUGGUCAUUCACCUGCCACUGCUGUUGUAACCAUUGCAUUAUUGUGUUGCACAUGUACUGCUGUCAUGAACCGAAGUUUGUGACCUGCAAAACAAAAACGGAAGUUGAAAGGAGGAGACAAGCAGCAAGAACAAACAACGUGAGUUCUUUGGAAACUGCUCACUCUUGGAAUCCUGUCUUGUACGACUGGCUGGUUUCUGUGUAUAUAUUCAACAUGUGCCUCAUUCACCAUUUGUGCUUCAACAUAUAUUGUGCAGUCUUCAUAGUCUGGUAUCUUGACCAAUGAAUGUGUUUUUAUUUAUAAUUCAAGGAACCAAAUUGUAUCUGAUUAGGGCACUUACCAUUAAGAUAUACUUUUGCAUUGUGUACUCAAAGUAUCUGACCAAAAGACUGGUAGUAACCAAGGGCAUUUAUAGACGUGCUCCAGGAGGUGGUGGGGACACUUUAAUUAGCAUAACUCCAAGAACCAUGCUAAUUAAAAGCGCCUGGAGCGUCACAUGCAUCAGCGUUCCCACACUGAAAAAUAGCAGCGGGGCGCUUUGAACUAAAGCUCAGCAAACCAGCUUUAAAACGCCCCGCUGCCAUUUUUCAGCGCGAGGAUGCAGAUACACGUGACACUGGAGUCUGCUGGAGCACAGUAAUUACCACUCACCAGCAGACUCAAUUGAGUCUGCUCCAACACACUGUAAUUAGUGUGUCAGAGCAGCCUCCCUGCAUGUGUAUAGGCGCCCCAAGUCUCCAAUCCUAUAUUGACUUUGUUUCAUACACAGUUAAGGACUGAAAUUUCCUCUUCCCAUUGAAGUCAGCGGCAAAAUUCCUAUUGACUUCAGUUGAAAUAGGAUGAGAUCUUCCAUUAGGAGAUUAACUUGGAAGCUGUAUGUGCUUUUCAUCUUUUUACAUUUAUUUUUGCAUGAUAUAGAUCAUGUUCAUGUGUAGAGCAGCAUUAGAAUCAGUUUGAUAAGGCAGGGGAAAUGUGCAAUAUACCCCACCUUUGAAAAGGUCCCUGAAAUUUUAGAGGCUCUGUAAUGCCUCUGCAUGAUGGCUUAGGGCACUUAGCAUUUGCUUAUGGAACGUGGUGUUCCCAAAGGGCUGUGAUUUGAUUCUGUAGUGCUGGGGCAUGUCUUGUGUGGACAGGCAUUGUAUCUGCAGACUUGAAAGCAAACUCCAAGCUAUGGGUUUUGUGUCAUUUAUGGCUACCUGAUUCUCUCUCCUAAUUCACCUCCCAGUCCCUUUAAGAGAUUCACAGUAUGUGGAUUUAAUCAUACCUUGUAUAUUUUCCCUAUUAUUCACUGGUGAAUGGCUUGAGACUGGGGAAAUCUUCCUAGAAGAGAGUACGCUAGCAGACAGUACUUACAUAUCUCCCAAGAGACUUCUGGAAAACAUGUUAGAACUUUUUUUGACAUUUUAACGCUUUAAUUUUUAUGUACUUGUUGAUGCUGCUAUUUUAGCCAUGAAGAGUUUGACUUGGAAACUUCAUCCUUAGAUUCAGACACCUUUGGCAUCUUUCUUUUGUGGUGAUUUCCUAUCUCAUUUGAACCACAGGUAGAUUUUUUCCUCCUAAACUUCGUAGGGCUGGAGCCAAAGCUAGGAGGAUCAGACCCUUAUUUUCUAGCACUUAAGUAAAGAAUAUGAUUAAAUUUGGUUCCAAAAUUAAUUCUUUUUGAUUAUUUCAUUUGUUGAAAACUAAACCCAGAGGAGCUAUUACAUACAAUCUCCAUUUCAUUUAUCUUUUGUGAGGAUUCAUGUACAAGGAUUAGCGACAGUGACAAAUACACUUGAUUUCUUUAUGUAAUAUAAUUUAAUUUACGUUAUCAAGAGAAUUUAUAACACUGAGUAAAACAAAGAUUAUAUCUUGUUCUUAAAUGUUAUUGCCCCUCCCCUUCACAUGGCAUUUAUUGUAUCAAAAUAUGAAACUGAUACUGUAUUUGUGUAUAUAGUCCUGGACAAGGAGGCUCUGAUUCAUUUAAACAUGCAAGUGUGUGCUUAAAUUUUAAAUGUGCUCAAAUUCAUUUUUAUGCAGCAAAGCAAUUAUGAGCGUGCUUAAGUCCCAGUGGCAUCCAUAGGAUUUAAGCAUGCAGGCUUAAGUGUUUUGCUGAGUUGGGAGUAGGAAAGCUAGAUUGUAUACGUGAGUGCACAAGAAGGGAGUGGUGGGGAGUACACCUAUCUCUAUAGUGCAAGUGAGGUAAAGCUCUCGUUGCAGUGUGCAGUCUCCCAGAAGUGCUAGGAGAAUCCUGAUUGUCUGCUCAGGGUCUUCCGGGGUUUGGGUUGUAGCCAUGUUGGUCUAAGGACAUAGGCAGACAAGGUUCCUUGGAUGAAUUUGAUAUCUUUUAUUAGACCAACCCAAAUGGUUGGAGAAUAGUUAACUAUUCUCCAACCAUUUGGGUUGGUCUAAUAAAAGAUAUCAAAUUCACCCAAGGAACCUUGUCUGCCAGGGUCUUCAGGGACCUUCAGUUGUGGCUCACUGCUGUGACGCCCCCAACAUGGGCUUAAAGCAUGCAAAGGUGUCUUACCGAAACUUCAGUAUUUCAAAUUAGUUGCUCAGAGACUUGAGCUUAAUCAGAAUUCCAAGGGAGCAGCAGCAGCGGCUGAAACUACCACUAUUCAUGGUGAUUUAUUGCUGCUGCUGCCCAAUAAAACACAGAGAGCUUCAGUAAUUCACUGACUUCUGUGGCGCUAACUCAAAUUGACACUGGGGAGCUGAGCCCAGAGUCUGGCAUAGAGUACAAGGGUGAACAUGCAUCUCUGCAGUUUAGCAAUGGCAACAAAAAGUGCAAACAAAGCCAAAAGGGAGAACAGUAUUGCAGGUUUUAAAUAACUAAAAGCAAGUGAGUGAUUGGGUUUUUCAGUGAGGAAGAAAGCUGAAAUAUAUAUAUUUUUACAGGGAGAAAAGGUAGAUUUAAGGCUUAUAGAGAGGAGGCAGCAGUUUUCUCUGGCCCUUUUUAAAGGGCCAGGGAAAGCGCUUUAAUUUUCCAUAUUCACAUUCCUUCUCCUCGUCUCUUCUCAACUUUUUACAGAUUUUAAGGUUAAAAGGAACAAUUAGGAUCAUUCAGAGUUGAAUAAGGUGGACCAGGGAAUUUUAUUCCCUUCUUUUCACCACUGCCCUCUCUUUUAUUGCUACAAAAGUCAGUAGACACCUCUGCUACCACCGUUUGGUCAGUUUGAGGAACUGUGCUUGUUUUUUAUCAUAGAGCAGCACCUGAAGCAGUGCAGCAAGAGGUAGGCAGGGGUGGCCCAGUAGUCGGUAUGCCUAGGGAAGCCUUAUGGUUAGGGUACAACAACUCAGCCUGAACUUGAGAAGGUCACUUAACCUCUCUCUGCCUCAACUCUAGCAUCUAGAAAAGGGGGAUAAAACUCCUUCCCACCUUAGAGUGGGUUGUGAGACUUACUCAAUGUUUAUAGAGCGUUCCUCCCACUUGAAGUUGUGAAAGCUGUGUUUAUUAUAUCAUUGAGUUGUUGUUAUACUCUGGAAAGAGAAAGGCUGGUGAACCAGCCUCAUGUUGGGAUUUUUUUUGUAAUGUGAUGCAUUUUAAAACGUGGACUGUGCUGAUGAAAAACUAUUUAAUUAUAUUCCCUAUUCUCCAGAUCAGGCAAGAAGUCUGGCAGAGAUAGUAUUAUGGGCUAAUAUUUCUUAACAAAGGUACUCUUCAUGAGCUUAAUUAGUUUCUAACCAUGUCUAUAAUCAUAAUCAAACUUGGAUUGGUUUCAACUAAGGUGCAGUUUUUAAACCAUUUUGUUAAACUUGCAAAACCCUGAGUGGGCACUGAAAUUAUUUUUUUUUUAUCUGAUUUUAUCACGGUGAAGCUUUGAAUAUAGAACAUGACAUCUGUUUACACUAAUAAAUUUCUAAUACCAAUUCAGCCUCAAUUGUGCAAACUCUUUGGAGGGUUAAUCUUUAUAUUAGGUCUAAAAAUGCGUUAUCUGUGGGCCAAUAACUGUCUGUUGUGAAAUGUCAUGAGAUUUUCAAAUUACUUGGACAUUCAAGUUUUCAAUGAGGUUUGGGUGUUUCUCUGUCUCUCUAGUGUCCUUUGAAAAUUUCAGUAUCACUUACUCAAAAAAACUUAAUAUAAGGACACAAGUAGUCUUAAUAUAGUAUUCCUCUACCUGUAGUGCAUUGUUAUUGCUUUUAUUUUAGCUUUUUUCAUUCUCCCAAAAUUACUGUAGGAAAAUUUUCAUCAUUUCUUUGAAAAACAAAUCUAUUUCUACGGAUCCAGAUAGGAAUGCAUUUUGCAACAGAGACUUUGUUGUACCUUGUUUCAUCAGAUAAUCUCCCAGCCUAAGAUUUCUUUUUCUUUAAAUAUAAAGAAAUUAUCCAAUUCCAUCACAGACAGCAAUCUUAAAAUCUGCACACACAAAAUAAAAUAAUAAAAUAAUGUUCCACUUUUGUAUCACCUUAUCUGAGUGAGACUUAUUGUUAGGUCGUAUGGCUGUCAGUGUAGCUUAGAGCAAUAUUCUAUUAUGGGACAGGAACAGAUUAAAGGAUUAACAUAUAAUGGAUUAACGCUUUCAUCCAUCUAGAAUGAAUUAAAAUAAUUUUCUUUACAAGGAUAUCUUCAUAUUGGUAUAUGUAGACAAGUACCUCGACUUGGUAUUGGGUUGAUCCCUAGAGCAGUGGCAAGGAGCAGAAUGAUCAGUUUUUCAGGUCUUUGUGCACACUACAUAGUUUGCACUCAAAACCCUUUCAAAGGUACCCUGUAAAAGCACACUAUUUCUGCAGUUAGAGCAACCUACAAAGGAGGGUGCAUAAAGGCAUCAAAAUGUGUUUGGGUCCACAUUUAUGGGAAAACACCUCUUUUCAUAGAUGCACUUUUGCAAUGCAGUCUUUUGUCACCUCUUACAGUUUUGUUCAAGUUUAAUUUAGCUAUGUGUCCAACUUGAGAAGCCUUUAAGGAAAUUUCUCUUGUGGAAAAAUAACACGCGUUUUAUCUACGCAAGGUAGAUUCUUUAUUUUUUUAAGAACUAUAAAUAACUCUAAGCCUUGUAACUGGAGAGGGAACCUUUUUGUACAAUUUGUCGACUCUGAUACAACCAUACAACUCUGCUGGUACAAUGAUAGCAGAGAGCUCUACCAUAUUUCGCAGAUGUGAAUCUGGGCAAGAAUGGGUCAAUAUGAACAUUCACUUUAAAAAUUCACCAUACUUUUAGAUACCUAAUAUUAACAUUAGGCAGUACGAAUGUAUACUCAGUAAUUCUUAAUGUUCCUAACACUGCCUUGCUCAGAUGUGCAUGCAUACCGUAUCUGCUGCUGUCUAGUGCUUUUCUGGCCAAGUAUUCAUGAUAGAGAUUAAUGUCUAUCUGCUGGUAAAUAUGGCAUAGUUAUAUUUUGACAGGAAAGGUCUAUAAACACACCAAACAAAUGAGCCCAUUUUAAAAGAUUGCACUUGUAACUGUUAUUUAGUUUUUCCAGUUGUUUUCCCGCCUGUUAAGGACUCCAGCAUGGCAAAAAGAAGAAAUGAGUAUACUAAAUGUAGCCAUUCCAAUUUGAUACACAUAACCAGCUCCUGUAAUUGUUGUCCAAAUGAGAAACUUAGACAUGUGCAUCAAUAAUUGUGAUUUUGACUUUAGAUAUAGAUUUUUCUGUGGUUCUUUUCAGUGCCUUGAGAUGCAUGAAAUAACCUGUAGAAGAGAGACUUUAGGAUAAAAAAAAAAAUCAGGUGCCACAAGGGUCUUUGUAAGACCCGCUUAUGUAUUUACAAUGGGAAGCAUAAUUUUAGAAAGGGACUAACUGCAAUGUUCGUAUUUUCCUUUGACUUUUGAGUUUUGUAACUCAUUCAUCAAAACCCUUGUUUUUGGGGGGGGGCGGGAGGGUUUACCUUGUUUAUCAGAGCACAUGAGGUGUGUGGCAGGGCAGUCUUUGACUUUCAAAGGUAAUAGGCAACCCAGAGGCUGUAGUUUGUCUUUGCAUUAAGAGGGAAGGGGUGCUCAUUUGAUUAAUUUGCAAAUUGGGUGCGGUUUAAAUAUUCUGAUUAUGCCAUUCAUAUUGAAGACAGUUUUGCCAUUGACUUCAGGGGAUCAGGACCUUCAGGCACUAAUAAGUGGCUCUGACAAUAGUGCUAAAAGAGGAGCUUGAAAAAAAUAAUUCAUUCACUUCUCUUCUUUUUUCUGUAGCUGUUAAGGCUUUCUUCCUAGCAGGUGUUUAUAGCAAGCAUGAGCUCUGAUGUAAACUCCCUCCUGGAGACAGCCUCAGUGAACACGGUAGCUGUGGUCCCCUUGAACUGCGUAAACAAGGGCAAUGAGACAAAGGGAGGAUUUUUCUUUCCUUGCUAUGCAUGAAAAAUCUGUCCUGUUGGUUGCAAUGCAUUUCAUGAAAGGAAUGUCACUGCUCCAAGGAACAUAAUGUUACAGCAGAAAAAUUGUAAUUAAAUCUACCUCUGUUGAUGGGCAGCUGCAAUCUCAGUUGUAAUUAUUUUAUCAGGAAGAAAUAGGAACAGGUCCUUUUACAAUAGGAGUGACAAAUUCUUUUACAUUUAGAGUUCCCAGGGAUUAGGUUUUUGAGAACAGGCUAAAUUCAGAGAUCUGCUGCCAUGUAGAAUAGACCCCAUAAGAGAAAAGGUAUGAAUGCAGCUCAUGUAGACCUGCUCAAACUAGCUUUAAACUAGUUGGCUCAGGGACUGGCAAUAGCAUGGCUGUGGCAAGCACAGAAUUUAGCACAAGCUAACUCCUGAGAAUUUACUCAGGCUCUCCAGUGGGUUGUAUAGUCUGCACUAAGUUAGCUGGUUUAAAAGCAAUUCAGACAGGGAGCACUUCUUGACUAUAGUGUGUCCAGACCCCUUUAAUUGCACAAAGACUGUGGGGAAUUUGCAGUCUGAAGUCUGGACUUUGGUCUCGAAAACUCUGGAUUUCUCGUAUUUUAUGCAGAACUACUAGCUACAGUAACAGGAGCUUUUGUGUAUAAUUUUAAGUGACGUGGUUUUAUUUUAAAUGAAAAUGUGAGCGCUACAUGAAAGGAACAUGGAUGUUUUUCCUGUUGAAGUGUUUUAAAAUUACUACGCUGCUUCAUUGCAUGCUUCCAGUGAUAGGCUAAUAAAUUAUUGACGACUAAAUCAAAAUUGGAUGAUGAUGUAGCCUCUUUAUGAGCCAAAUCCUGUAAAGUGCUAACUACUCACAUAUAGAAAGAAAGUGUUUUUAUAAUCCAUACUGGGUGCAUCCACACAUGCCCCUGACCGUGCAGUCCCAGCAGCGCACAGGUUGUUUUCAACCCUACUGCGCAGUUGCUCGUUCCUACUGCAGAGUAGCAGUGGCAUCACAGUUACUUCCUGCUGACUCUGCGUCACCAUAGUGACGAGCUGCAUCGCCGCAGCUCAUCACUGUGUUGACGUAGCUUUUCAUGUAGACGUGUCCACUGUGUUCCAGUUUUGUAUGCACAUUGUAAGUAUUUCUGGGGUGCACAGUGUCAUGUACAAACAGGACCAUUCGUCUAUUCAGGGAACAUGAUGGACAACUCUAUCCACUAUGAAUCCUAUGAAUCUGCAUUUAAGUGAUUUUAUUUCUAUUCCAUAUGGCCCUCCUGGGAGGUGCUGUUAAGAAAGAGCAGAAAAAAACCCUUCGACUUGCUGGCUGCAUUGCAUUUUAUGAAGCAGGGAAGCUGUAGAAUCUCCUUCCUUGGAGGUUUGCUAGAAGAGGCUGGGUAAGCUGGAAGACACUGGAUAAACAUUUGUCUGGGGUGGCGUAGGAAAACUACCUUCUGCUUUCAGGCAUGGGGUCAGACUAGAUAACCCUUGAGAACCCUUCCAGCCCUGUGAGUCUAUGAAAGGAGCCUCCCCGCUCCAUGGAUCAUGAUGUCGUAGCAGUAAAAUUACAAAUAAAUCCAUGGAUUUUGGACUUUCUAAUCACUCAGAUCAUCCCAGGAGCUGGCCGUAAAAGAGCAUUUAACACUAUAAAAAGAACUAGUCUUUUAUUUAUCCUAGUCCUAGCUUUUUGCAGUUCAAAGUAAUGGUGAGCCUAAAUUGAAUUAUAGGGUUCAGUGGAGAAUUACUUGACAAAAGCUUUUAAAAAUAUUCACAGAAAACUGUGCUUGAUGAAAGGGCUGCUGUUAAAAUUAGCAUACAUAUCCCUCUGCACCUUACUCAGACAGACUGGAAUAAAAUGUAAAGGCUUUGGGUCCAACAGUGCUAAUAAAUUGGUUCAAUGUGUUAUCGUUGGGAAGCAAAUUACAUACUGACUAUAGAUUGGAGAACUGAGGGUGUUCAUAUUUCUUCCACUAGUUUAUGGUGCUGUUAGAUGUCCAGCAGCUCAACCGAAUCCUUAUUGGCUUCAACUAUUUGCAACAGAGGUGGCCAACCUGUGGCACAAAUGGUGGCACAGGCAGCUCUCUGUAUGGCAUGCAGUAGAUCAGGGAGGAAAUGGGCAGAACAGAAGCAGAUAGGGCAAGAAGCAGAAAGCAGAGCAGGAGCUGGAUAGAGGAAGGGGAUCAGAGUGUUACUUGGUCCAGGGUGCCACAGGGCGUGAAGCUAAUUUUGUGAGAUGCCUGCCUAAAAGGUUGCCUCCCACUGAUCUACAGGUAUGACCUGAAAUUUGUUUUUCUGCCUUUUCUGAUACAUUGCAAUGUGAGCUGUUGGCAGCAUUUGUGGUUUCUCCUCUUGUGAUUCAUCCAGGAGGAUCAAGCAUAAUAGCUUUAUUCCCAUUGUCAAUGAAUGCCCACCUCUAAAAACCCCUAGUUGCCUUUGUUUCCAUCCCCAUCCCCCUAAAACUUACCUGCUCCCAGCAGCCUGGAGCAAAGCAAAAAUCCUGUGUAGGAAAUAGCCAGAUGCACAUAUGCAAUACAUGAUCUUGGCUCUCUUAUGUCAAGCAGCACAUUGUGCCUGUGACUUUGCUGCAUGAUUGCAAAUUGUGCUUUGGGGUCAGGGUUAGGAAGAACUGUUCAAGACUUAUACAGUAAACCUUGCAGCUUCUUUAAUGCAGUUAGGCCAGGUCCUGGAAAGUACUGAACACUCCAAAUAUUAAAAAUCCUCUGGACCAGUGGUGCUCAGCCAUUAGCCCACAGGCUGCAUCUGGCCCGCAGGGCUCUCCCAUGAGUCUGGAAAUUUGGCAGUAGUGGAGUUAAUGGGGCAGCAAGUGUUAAUUGGUGCAGCUCUGGAAUCAGCUCUGGAAACCGCAGCAAUUAAUGCUGUUAGUGCUCUCCUGCUACCAAAUUUCUGGCCUCGUGGGGAGCCCUGUGGGCCAGAUGACAGGGCCCUGCACGCUGGAUUGCACCAGUAUGUGAGGCUGGGCCAGAGCACAGGGUCGCUCCACAGCCAGAUGAAGGGUGCGGUGUCAGGCAGGCAUGCUGGAUCACACCCACAGGUGCCCACAAGUUCUGGCUCAUAGACUUGCCCUGCAUUACUCAUCCAAAACAUGGGGCCAGAAGGUUGAGCACCCCUGCUCUGGGCUGUUCACAGCAUGAAUUGAAGUAAAUUCCAAGGGCAAGUCCAGAGUUGGAGAGGCUUGAACUAUGGCCAUGAAGAAUCAACCCCUUGAUCUCUGCUUCAUGCUGGCUAGGUGUAACUCAGCAUUUCCUGCUACUUGCUGCUGCUCCAAAAUGUAGGUAUGAUUUGAGACAAGAAUUCUCAACAUCAUAUGCCAAGUGAUGGCAGCAGGAGAGGGACAUUGUCCUUCCAUAGAGAACUGGGAUUUUGCUCUAAUUCAAAAUGAGGAUUUGGGUAGAUUGCUAAAAUUCUCCUUAACUGUGGGGGUCGAAUGAGCAAGUGAGUAGUUUUUACAACAUUUCAGAUGCUUGCGAGACAUCUUGAGGUUGAAAGGCACAUAGUGAAUAUUUUUAUAACCUAUCGUGGGUUAUUAAAGAUUCUCCUUUUAUAGGUGGGGAGCGGUCACAGUAUUGCUCUGGGAUCAAAGCAGAGCACAGUACAAAGAUGCAACAGAUUUUCAUUCAGAAUGCUACCUGUAAGGGGACUGAGGAAAAGUAGUAGUGAUUUCCCCCUUUCUUUUCAUGCACACAUCACCUUCCCUGUCACUGAAUGAAAGUCACUUGAGCUUAGCUUCUUCAAGCUGAGGCAUAGUCCCGAGUUCAAUAUUCCUUGGCCAUAAAGUGUUUCUAAGACAGAUUUUCUGAAAGAAUAAUUAAGCUAAAGAAACAUAAAUUAUAAUUUUCAGAAUAUAAAUCUAAUCCUCUGUGCCCUAAUUUUGCUGCUGUGUACCUAAUUUAUGCGCUGGUUCUCUGUAGGUAUUUGUCUAUGACGCUCUUUGAUGUUAGGUGUAACAAUCUGUGUGUAUUCUGAUAUAACUCAAGCAUGAUGUAUCUGCAACUCAGUAUUGUAAUGGCAUGUGGCCGUUACAUUGUAAAUAUGUACCAUUAAUAGAGAGGCUAUUUUUUGCAUGCUUUUGUACUCCAGAACCGAAAAGAUGACAACAAUAAAGUCAUAAAAGCUCCUAGUG